UAAAGUGAAUUAAACAUAAAUUAAUUAAAUGAAUUUUUAAAUGAUAACAGAAUAUAUUAAGUGACUGUGAUUAAGGAAUCUCGAAGCGAAAAUUUCUUUCAAUAACUUUAAAUUAAGAACGUAAACUAAGAAUUUCUCAAAAAAUUUUUUUCAAAAAAAAGAAAAGAAAAACGAAAAAAGAUCACACAAUUACAUGACGUCUCAAACACAAAAAACCGGAACGAUUUAUCGUUUUAUUCGAGUUCCUGAAAUUGCAAAUAAUGCAAAUCAAACAGUCGUCCUUAUAAAGCAGCAAAAUCCAGAACCGAUUGCUAGAGUACAAAAAGUUAAUAAUAAUCAAGCCGUAUCAGUAGUUAAAGUGUCAACUGAAAAUGUAGUAUCAAAUGAGAAGAAAAUGAAAACUCGGCGAGACGACUACAGACGAUUUCAGCACAAUCAAAUUGAACGAGCCAGACGGGAGAAAAUUAACAAUUGGAUUAUGGAACUAGGAAAAAUCAUAGAUGACAAUAGUGAUGAUGACAAUGACAAUAUAAAUUCAAAUAACUCAAAGAAUGGUGAAGCAUUAAGCAAAGGUGGAAUUCUUGAGAAGGCCUGUGAGUAUAUCUCUCACUUAAAAACAAUAAUCAAAGAGCAACGACAGUCUUCGUGUGAAGAGAUGCUUCACGAGCAGAUAAGCAGACUUCAGGAUGAGAAUGAUAAACUGAAAGUGGAAAAUGCCAUGCUUAAGAGAAAGUACGAGAUUGAUGAUAUCGAGGAUGAUGACAUAUUAUUAAAAAGAUCAAAGACAGAUCCAGAUGUCUUUAAUUCAUUGAUUGAAUUCAGUGAUUCGCUGCAAGAUGACGACAUGACUCCAUAACUAACAUUGUUUACUUAAACUCGUAACCGCAUGUAAUUAUGAUGAUAAUAAGAUUUCAAAAUUUUUUUGAUUGAGUUAUUUGUGCAGUGCAAAUAACUGAAUAUAACGAGUGACAAGUGAGAAAAAAAAAUAUGUCGUGACAAUAUAUGAAUUUAAUUUCAUACAAACCGGCUAAUGUGUUGAUUAUAUGGAAAAAUAUUAGACACACAUUAGCGAAUUCAUGUGAAGUAUUUAUGAAUACUGAGGAUUUCUAUUUGAAUUUUACGCAGUGCGUGAUCUCAACAAGAUUUGAUAGAAUAUUAAGUCGUUAAAUAAAUAGAGCAAACGUGAUUGAGAUGUGCUGGAUAUUCAAUCAGAUUUUAUACA